AUGGACAGCAACCAAGGGCCUCGUAUCCAGGGGGCCGCUCUUCCCCUACAGCCCGUCCCAGGUGGGAAUGUUCGAGGUCUUACAGGUCUCUCGAGUGGUAUGUACGGGGCAGCUGUGAUGAGCGCUACACAACUCAUCGCCGCGAUCAACGCCGAAGAAAAUGCGGCACUCAGCGCUUCUACCAACGACACUCCUGGAACAGUCUUCAACCGUCUUGUCGGCCGGAUCUGGAUUGUCACUAUGGAAUUGACACUCCCGGUGUUCAAUGAGUAUGUUCACUUCACUGAGGAGCCGAGCGAAGAGGAGUGGGCAUUCAUCGAGGCGAGAUUGCAAAUCGCAAAUACAUACUUCUUCGACCAUGUGUUUGGCGAAGAGAACCUUGCCAUAUGUGGCCAUUUGAGUCAAACAGCGUGGAACCACUUGGACAGCUAUCAUAUCCGCCAGCGGGCCAAUUACUGGCGCAUGAUCCCUCUUACCCACAUGGAUAUCAUCAACUUCAUGACUUUUAUUGGCCCUUAUUUCCGCAAGGAUGAGUACCUCGCGCUCCUAGGUCCACUGAAGCACUACAUCGACUUCAACGAGCUCUAUGAGCAGAAUUCCCUGGGAUUGCGAAGGAAAGUGGCAGGCCAAGACCUGCUUCCGGCGCAAGAAUCCUGCUUGAAUCUAUUCCAGAGCCUUGGUCAGUUCUUCGUCACCUAUUGUUAUAUCCUAUGGACGACCUUUAGUCACGGGGGACUAAUGCUUGCCUCGGUUGGAGAGUACAACUUCCCUCCAACGGCACGACUGCGCACGGACUUCGCCGCCCUCUAUGCGGAUUUCAAGAAACUCGCAUUGAUUCCUCUUGCCUACAAUGUCCCUGUUGUUGAAGCCUGGUCAGUGGGAGGCGAGGCCAAAUGAAGUUCUGGGUAAGUCUGUCAUCGUCGAACAGCUCCUGAUGGCACCCAUCAACGGAAAUAGACCAUUCAAUAUGGCACAUCGGACAUGAGAUUGGGUCACGAAAACGUCUCAGCGUGGCGUAAGCGAUAGCAUGCUCAGUUAUUGCACACUCGAGGGUCUGUUCAAGAGGCUGGAUGUCCACUGCCUGGUAUGAGCGAAUCUGGAUUAUGCACAUGGUGCAAAAUGGAACGACAAGGCAUUUAUAAAGUUGUUCUGUAUGUCGAUUUCUUAGACAGAGCAAGGUACAUGUAGCUACCCGUGUAAAGGGACCGUAGGAGCAAGCUGGAUAUUGAGUCUCGCAUCAAGGAGAGGGGUUGCGUGUUACGCC